CUUAUUUCACUCGCCAAUCCUGUUGCGACACCUGAAUCCCUUCUCUUCUCUCUCUUGCUUUCUUCAACUCACGCGACUCCUUUGCCAAUUGCAUUGAUCCUUUUUUCUUCGCGCCUUUUACUCCCACAACAAUCGUCACAAUGGCCGAUCAAGUCGAAGAGAUCCUUGAUGUUCCCCGCGAGUUCUUCAAGGACGGCGUGCAGUUCAUCAACCGCUGCCAGAAGCCCGACCAGAAGGAGUUUCUUAAGCUGUGCCAGGCUGUUGGCAUCGGCUUCGGCGUCAUGGGCGCAGUUGGAUUCGUCGUCAAGCUGAUACACAUUCCUCUCAACGGCCUCCUCGUCGGCUCAGCAUAAAGAAAAUGUCUACACGUUCUCGACGGCGUUUUUUGAAUUUGGGAAAGGGAAUAUCCGGGGGAAUGAAAUUGGACGGAGAAGAGGGGAGGGGUUGAAAGCGAUGGGUGAAGGAAUUGAUAUCGCUUGUGUACAUUUUUUUCGCUUUUUUUUCCUUCCUUAUUUUCACGGAUAUGAGUGGGAUGCAAUAGCAUGUUUAAUUGAAUUGCUUUUGGGAUAUC